AUGUGUGAAUCUACUAUUUCUCCAACUUCAAUCUACCAUUCAACGCUCACAUACGUGAAGAAGAAGAAGAAGAAGAAGAAGAAGAAGCGGUUCCCUCUCUCUUGAAUUCUUCCCCGCUUUUCAAUUUCAACUUCAACUUCGAUUAUGCUUUUGGGCCUCCGCGCUAUCUCUCUCUAGCCAUGUCAUCACAAACCUCGGUUCCUCAGACCCACGCGCCGCUCCUUCGCCCCCGUCGCGUAGGCUCCGAUGCCGCCCGCACCCCCAUCCUCGCGCUCAUUCUUGGCCGCCGUGGCCCUUCCCUGAUGGUCCGGGAGACGGCGGCGCGUGAGCUGGAUGAGCGGCGGGCGGACUGGGGUUACUCGAAGCCUGUGGUGGCGCUCGACAUGACGUGGAACAUGGCCUUCGUGAUGGUCUCGGCUGUGAUGUUGGGUUGCACACUCGAUGAGAAGCCGAACACUCCGAUCCGGUUGUGGAUCGGCGCGUACGCGGUGCAGUGCCUGGUUCACGUGGUUCUGGUGUGGCUUGAAUACAGGAGGAGGAAUGGAAACUCUGGGAGGGCAAGGGAUGAGGAAUUUGGUAACCCUGAGAACGACGUCAAUGACAGUGAGGACGACGAUAUUGGAGUUGGAACCUCCGGGAAUUCCUCUCGCUCUGGAUUGACCAAACAAUGUGCAUCGUUUAAUACCAUGCUUUCAUUGCUUUGGUGGGUGGUGGGCUUUUACUGGGUUGUCUCUGGUGGUGAUAUUCUUCUGCAAGAUGCUCCACGUUUGUACUGGUUGGCUGUUGUCUUUCUGGCAUUUGAUGUCUUCUUUGCCAUCUUUUGUGUUGUUUUGGCAUGCUUUAUUGGCAUUGCCCUCUGUUGUUGUUUACCCUGCAUUAUCGCUGUUCUCUAUGCUGUUGCAGGACAGGAUGGUGCAUCAGAAUCAGAUCUCAGUAUGCUUCCAAAAUACAGAUUUCAAAUGUUAAACAAUGAAGAAACACCUAGUGAGGGAGGUGGGUCAAUGAUUCCCAUAGAAUCCACCAGUGAUUACUUGACAAAUGACCGAAUACUUUCACCUGAAGAUGCGGAAUGCUGUAUAUGCAUCUGUUCUUACGAGGAUGGAGCAGAACUCCAUACUCUUCCUUGCAACCAUCAUUUCCAUACUACAUGCAUAGUGAAAUGGUUAAAGAUGAAUGCAACUUGUCCACUUUGUAAGUACAAUAUUCAAAAAGGGAAUGAGCAGGUGUGAUGGAAUAGCAAAGAUGGAAGAUAUAUUAUCCUGUCAAACUUAUUCUUGUGAUAGAACAGGUUUUUCAACUGCUGUUGUGUAUAUGUAUAUUAAGACAGAGAAACAAAAAGACCUCCCAAUCUGCUCGUUUAGCUAUCAUUGUUUUGUUCAAUUACUUCUCUAGAAAAAAAGUAGCGUUAAGAAAGGAAUACAUUGCAUAUUUGCAUUUACUGAAACUUACUUUGUCUUUUAUUAGUCAUUUGAAAGUUAUUCUAUUUCUUGUCUCGAGUUUGUUA